GAACCCUCGAGAGUCGUGUCGACGUCUUCCAGUCCACUGCGAAAGUUCCCAUCCCUGCGCUCCGGAAGUUGUUCCACAUUCGUUUCCGGGACGGUCUGAAUAAGAUAAGGAUUCCGAAUGGGUCGCAGCCGUAGCCGCUCCCCACGGAGGGAGCGUAGGCGGUCUCGGUCCACCUCCCGGGAGAGAGAACGCAGGCGUCGAGAAAGGUCCCGGUCACGGGAGAGAGAUCGGAGGAGGAGCCGCUCUCGAUCCCCGCACAGAAGACGCUCCAGAUCACCAAGACGACACAGAUCUACAUCUCCCUCCCCUUCUCGACUGAAAGAAAGAAGAGAUGAGGAAAAAAAAGAGACAAAAGAAACAAAGAGCAAAGAACGUCAGAUUACUGAGGAGGACUUAGAGGGCAAAACAGAGGAAGAAAUAGAAAUGAUGAAGUUAAUGGGAUUUGCCUCCUUUGACUCCACUAAAGGGAAAAAGGUAGAUGGCUCUGUAAAUGCCUAUGCCAUAAACGUGUCUCAGAAGAGGAAGUACAGGCAGUACAUGAAUCGAAAAGGUGGAUUCAACAGACCUUUGGAUUUCAUUGCAUGAGAACUGAAAUGUUGAAGAAUGAUUUUUUUUUCCCUCUUCUUAGAAGAAUGGAUUUUGUAUUUUGUAUUUAAUAUGCACCAAAAACGGGAUCUUGGUUCUUCCUCCUCUUAAAGUAAGAAAAUCUUAUUUAUGAAGUGUGCAGUUCACUUACCCUGCCUCAAAAAGAAGAAAGAUUAAAUAAUACAUUUUUUUCUUUUAGGAAAUACAAUUUGGGUCAGUCAUCAACCCCAUUUUGUUUGUCCUUAUUCCUGUGGAAGCUGUGUAUGUUUUCUUCUUGGCUGCUUGUUAGGACUUUUUAAAAAACAUAAACGUAAUUUGGAUGUAAGUUUCUCCAAUAAAGCAAUACUUCUACUCUUUA